AUGAGUGAAUUUUUUAAUGUAUCAUCAACGAUAAAUAAUGAGCUUGGUCUUUUAACAUCUAGAAAGUAGGAGAGCGAUUAAUUGAUCUCGCCUAGAAAUAGAGACGAUGGCUAUUUUUCACCUAAUGUUACAAUAUUUAGCUAACUUGAAAACAUGAGAAAGAUUGAAACUCAAGGGAUUACUGAGCAACCGUUUUCUACGAAAUCGAAAGAUGAUUAGAUUCUUUUAAGGGAUAGUAACAAAAAGCCUAAAUUUAUUAAAAAAGGAUUUAAAAUAAAAAAAGAAACAUCUAAUAGCAAUAUGGAAAGUUUAAAUUAUCUCAACUAAAGCAGCUAUGAUUAAAGUCCAGUAAGAAUUAAGGGUUUAAAUGCAUCUUCAAGCGACAAAGAAGAGCUAGAAGUUCAUUAAAAAGAGAAAUAAGAUAUAAAAAGAACUUCGACUCUGUCUAAUAUCCUAUUAAAUGAUAAAGUUGUAACACAAGAUAAAACCACUCUUUCAAAUAUAAAUUAGAACCAAGCUAGCACGACUCAGGUUUUCUAGGCUAAUGAUGAUAUGUAAUAAAAUCAAUUAGAAAAUAAAAUUAAAAGUAAUUAAGAUAAUACGGAUUAAAUGUAAUAAGAUAUUUAAUAGAACGAGUUUAAUAUAAAUGGAAAUAACAAACCUAACGCUAACGAUGAUAAUAAUAAUAAUAUUAACAACAAUGGCACUUCUAAUAACAAUAUUAAUAAUAACAAUAAUAAUAUAAAUAACAGUAGUAGUUAGGGAAAUGGUAAUAGCAACCCAACCACCAGUUAGAAGUAGAUAAAUGAUUCGAUGGAAUUUUAAAGGAAAAUAAGCAAUUACUCUAUUAAAACAUAGUAGUACAGUAAUACGCCUAAAAUGGUUAAAAGAAAUGCUCGAAAUAAAAAAAAUUUAACUUGCGCUACAACAUUUUAGCAAAGUCCGCCUGGUGGAACACCUUUAAAAGGAUCUAAAAAUAGAAUUUUCCCUUAGAUAAACAAUAGUUUGCAAAAUUCUCCUUAUUUAGGUUCUUCAUCGAUUCCAUAAUAAUCUUAAAGAGAGAUUCAGAUGAUUGGUCAUUCUAAAAGCAUGUAUAAUUCAUUAAAAAAAUCUUAAAAAUUUGCAGGAGAUUCGCAGUAAUAACUUUAAACAAAUUAAUUUCUUGGGUAAAGAGAUGCUUUAUCUCCUACUUAACAAGGAGGACAAAUUAUGUUUUCAAACGGGACUCUUAAUACUUAAUUUGAUAGAAAGUAAACUCUGAUUCAGCCUUAUGCAACAAACACAAUGAAUGAGUUGCUGAUUCAUAAUAGUUAGAGUAUUAACUUUCUUAAAUAGUGGAAUAUUGCCACUAGAGUGAAAAUGAUUAACAGGUUUUAUCAAAAAGUUAAAAACUAAACAAGUCAAAUCAACUUUAAAUACCUUUAGAAGAGGCAUUUUGAUUUAAUUGAUGAUUCUGCUUGCUACAUGUUUGAUGAAAGCAACAAUCGCUUUAAUUAAUAAUAACAAACAAUAAUCACUAAAAUAAUAUAAUUUUUUUACAUUUUAACAAUAAAGAUCACAAAGCUACCUGUAUUAUCCCCUAAUGCUUAAUUAAUUCGGUAUUGGCGAUCUUUUUACACUUCUUUAUUGCUGCUAUAAAUUUUUCUGAUCCCAUUUUAGAUAAGUUUUAGUAUUAUAUUUAACAUUGGAAAUUAUGCCUAUUUACUGUAUUAUGCUCCUUUAAUAGCUUACUGUUUUAACAUAUUUGUUUGUUUAAACACAGGAUACUAUGAAAUGGGUAUUGAGUAGCUAAACAGAUCAAAAGUCUUCAAAAAUUAUAAAAAUCAAUUUUUAAUUGAUAUUCUAGUUAUUAUAUCUUUUAUUCUUACCAACACUCUUGAAGAACCUUUUUUUAAUUUACUUUUUUAUUUGAAGUUUUACCAAUUGUAUAGUUAUUUUUAGGAUAUUGUAGAAUACUAUAAAAUCCAUGAAAAAUUCUCUCAUGUAUAUACUUUAGCAAAGCUUAUUUUUCUUAUUCUUUUUGUAGCACACUCCUGUGGUUGUAUUUUUCAGUUCAUAUCAAUAUAAGAAGUAAAUGCAGGUAAUCAAUAAACCUGGCUUAUUCAAGCAGGGAUAUAUGACAAUGGUAUUGCUGAGAGAUAUCUGAAUUCUUUAUAUUUCUCCAUUAUUACAAUGAUCACAGUUGGUUAUGGAGAUAUAAAACCUAUAGCUGACUCUGAAAAAAUGUUUACAAUAUUUAUGGCUCUUUUAGGUUCAGUAGUAUUUGCAUACGUAGUUAAUACAAUAGGAGGUAUUUUCCAGGAAAUAGCUUAGAAAGAAGCAGAGUUUAUAAAAAAGAAAUAUGACUUGUCUAUCUACAUGUCAACUAGAUAAAUUAAAUAAGAUAUCUAGCUCAGGGUCAUGAAAUUUUUAGAUUACAAAAGAAUGCAAGAGCAAGAUAAUCCUAUGAGAGGAGAAUAUAUUUUAAAUUAACUCUCUGAGAAUUUAAAAGAAGAAAUUCAAAAAGAUUUUUAUGGAAGAAUUUUAUAGUCAACUAAAAUUUUCUCCUCAAAAUUUUCUUAAUAAUUUCUGAACUAAGUUUCUCUUCAUUUUAAGGAAAAAGUGCUCGGACCUGGUGAAAUUGUUUUCAGAUAGCAAUCUUAUGGCGAAAAUGAUAUAUACUUUAUACUUAAAGGCUAAGUUGAAAUCUUUCUUUAAAGUGGUUAGUAAACUAGGCACAUAUCAUAUGUUAAGGCAGGUUAGUUUUUUGGAUAAGGUGGAUUUUUUAGCUCAUCUCCUAGAGAAACUUGUUGCAAGAGUACAUCAACUACUCACGUUAUCGUCUUGCCUUAAAAUAAAUUUAUUGAAACUUUAAAAGAUUUUCCUUAGGACUUUGAAACUUAUAGCCAAAUUAAGGAUGAAAUGGUGUUAUACAAUAAAAAGGAAAGUAUGGCUUGCUUGAGUUGUGGAAAAUAUAAUCAUUCUUUAAAUAACUGUCAUUUCAUUCAUUAUAAAAGAAAUAGAGAUUUGCUUAUCGCUCGGUACACUUACAGUGUUCCAAAUGAAAGAAGGGCUUAUAAAAGAUAUUCUAAAACGUUUUAAACUUUAAAAAUGAAUUUUAAUGUAAGAUAGGACUUAAAAUAACUGCGUCAAAAUGUCAUAUAGUAGACCAUAGAGUAACAUUUAGAAUAAUAAGCCUUAGACGAUUCUGAUAGAGAUGAGAUUAUUUAAAACAAAGUUUAACUUACAAACAUUUUGUCUGAUAAAAAAUUCUUUUAAAAAGCUAAAAAAAUAAAAUAUGAUGAUGAAAAAAAUAUUAUUGCAUAUAGUGAUGAUGAAGAUGUAGAAAGUUAAUUAGGGGAGAUCACUGAAUGCAGCUACUACUCAUCUGAAGAUGAGGAGUCAGGAUCUAUAAGCGAAAACGAAGGAGAUGAAGAUGAUGAUGGUGAUGAUGAUAGUGAUAUUUAGGAAGCUGAUAUUGAUUAAGAAGAAAGUCAUACUCAAAACGAAAUUUAAGCAGAUUUGAUUCAGUAGAGAAAAGAUGAGGAUGCACUUAAUUCUAUUCAAGAGGAAGGAGAAGACGGAAACGAUGAAAGCAAAAAGAAUUCUCAAAGUAGAAGCUCAUCUGUUAAUAUUUAUAGAGAAAAGUUAAAUUAAUUUAUGAUUAAUUUGCAAUAAGAAGGAAAGGUUAACCAAAGUGAUAACUUUUCUAAGAAUAAUGAACAGAAAUUAGGAAUUUCAGAACUUUCUUCAUCCAACAGCAGCAGUUCUAGUGAGAGUAAUUCUUCUGAGUAAGAAAAUUAGGUAUUGAAACUUUAGGUCUCAGGUGAUGAAUCAGACUAAUCUGUUCGCUUAAAGUCUGAGUCGUCUCCAAACAAUGCAGGUGAAUAAAGUUUCUAAGUAAGAGAGAAGUCAAAAACAACAAUAAAAUAAAAGAAAAAGAAGAAAAACAUAAAUAAAUAAAGUUCUUCCAAUAAAAGUAUUGGAAAUGGAGAUGAAAUAAAGCUUAGCAGAGAAAAUAGCAACAAUUCUUCUUUAAAGCGUGAUUACGAUAGACAGUUAAGUAACGAUUAAAGUUAGAAGAACAUAAAUUUAAAAGCAAAAAGUAAGAAUAACAGUAGUGGCUAAGACUCGGUUAAUAAGCUAACUGACAAGGGUUCUGCAUCUGCAAGCUCAAAAAAAAAGAAAAGAGAUAAAUAAAAUAUCACUUAAUCUAGUAAAACAAACUCAAAUAAUUAGAGUAAUGCCUCUUCAAUAUAAUCUAAUUCCUAAAUUAUUUAGCAGGUGCUGAAAGGAAAUAUUUUAAAAUCAUUAAAUAAUAGCAACCAAAGCUCGUUCAUAAAUAAUACAAAUAGCAUUUCUUUUGGGAAUACCAAUAGUCUUUCGUUUGGUAACGCUAGCAAUAAUAACAAUAAAAAAAAGAAUCAAUAAAAUCUUAAUUUACAAGUGCUGAAUUCUCUAGCUCAACUGCAUAAAAAGGAAGGAAUCUUAGAUGAAACUAAUAAAUCUAACAAACAACAAAAUAAAUUUAAGCUUUAAGAUCUCAAUGCUUCUUAGUCAAAGAACAACAGUGUCCAGCAAAACUCUAUUACAUUUGCUGCUAUUCUCUAAAGUUAACUACCUUAACUUAAUUUAAAUUUUGGUAACCAAGAAUUAAAUAGUCUGUAUAAUGAUAAUUUUGAAGAUUUCAAUGCAGAUUAGAGCUAGUAUAAUAAUUUUUUGAUGAUAUAACCCCAAAGCAAUAGUAGCUAAAAUAUUGAAUAAGAGUAAAGUAACUAUAAUACCAGUAAUAUCUUAAAAUAAGAUUAAUCUGAAAUGAAAAAUACACCUAAGAAAGUAACAAACAAAGGAUUCUUCUAAUUUGGAUCUUAAAAUUAUGAUGAAGAUGAUUAGAACCAAUAACAAUCAAAUAAAUAUAAAUAGCAUAUAAAUACUCCUAAAAAUUAAGUUAAAUAAGAUUAUAACUAAUAUCCUUUAAGUUUUAGCAACCUCAAUAAAAUAAGAAGUUAAAGCUCUGCUAGUGCUCCAAACUAAGCUUUAGAUAAGCUGAAAAAGAAAUCUUUACUCAGUCGUGAGCAAUCAUACAGGUCUCUUCAAAGCAAACUAAGCAGGGAAUCUAAACUUCUUUAAGUAUAAGAAGUUGAGGAAUUGAUUUAAAAUAAAAAACCUAUCAUGAAUUAAUAACUGGGAAUGUCUAAAUUUUCUGCAGCUUUGUCAGACUGGAAUGCGACUCCCAUCCUCAAGCACAUAAAUGGACUUAUGGGAAUAAACAAUACAAAUAAUUAUGAUUAAGAAAGUAGUAUCAGUUUAGGAGGUUUUAAUACACCAGGUAGAAGUAUAAAAGGACUUUAGUAAGGGAAUAGGAACAGUAUUUUUAAUACAACAAGCUAUAUGGAUGAAAAUAAUGAUGACAACUAAUCGAUUGUAUCUCCUUACUAAAAUAUAAACUCAAGCAAUAAUAGUCAGCAACCUUAGUAACUCUUGUAACAAUCUAUGUAAAAUAAAAAGAGUAAAUUUGCUCCCUCUUAAUAAGGUUAAUAAAAAAGACCUUCAAUCAAUCAACACUUAAAUGAAAAUGAAAACCCUUCAGAAAAUUAAGCACUUUAGUCUUAAAAUGACUCAUCUUUACCAAAUAUCAAUAUUGAGAGAAUUAAAAAAGAGCAAGAGAGAAUAAGAAGAAACUCUCCUUUUUUAAUGAGCAAGCAUCCUUUAAGUGGUAUUCUGCCUCCAAGAAACAGCAUUAAAAUUCAAAAUGAUAAAACCAGCUAAAAAGGAAGGAGGAGUUCAAUAUACAGCAAUUUUAAUCAAAUGGCUCCUUUACAAAACAUUUCUAACAAUAAUAAUUAGAAUAAUUUAUAAUCAAAUUCCAAUUUCUAACAAAAUUUUAACAACGAAGAACUAAUACAAAAGCUAAAAGACUUAUUUUUACUAAGAAAUUUAGACGACGAAAAGAGCAAUGAAGCUCUUACUAAAAGAGGUAGCACUCUGUAUGGCUCUGAAUAAAAUUUCUAUAUGUAGCAUCCACUAUAUGACUAUAAUAUGUUUUUCCUCCAUGAUUUUGAUGUAAUGAAAGAGUAUGAGAAAUAUUUCAAGCAUAACAACUUUUCUGAAGUUUUGAAAAAAGUAAAGGGUAAAUAUAAAGUUAUUAGAAGAAGCCAAAAAACUCAAAUGUUGAAAAGAAAAAAUCUAUUGGUUCAUACAUAUUCUAUAUCAGGAAUUGGAAAAAUUGAUUGA